AAUCUUUCGGCGUGUUUAUGUGACUGUGGAUCCAAAGUACUGGGUCCUACGGAAAUUAUCAAUCUUUCUUGACAAGGUGUUUCAUGAAACACGUAUAAAUUGCAAACGAUUGAGGAGGAGAUAGAUAGCAACAAAAAAAAAAGUUGGAAUCUGUCAACUUAUCGCUUCCUUCUGGUUUAGCGGUUUGGUAGUUUCGGUGUGUUGAUUUAGGGAUUUGAUUCCAAAUGGAAGACGGUGAGCUUGAUUUCUCGAACCAUGAAGUGUUUUCGAGUCCAAACAUGGGUGAAUUUCCAAGUAGUGGUUCAAUGGACAGUUUCUUUGAUGAACUCUUGAAAGACUCACACGCUUGCACUCACACUCACACGUGUAACCCACCUGGUCCUGAUUCUUCACACACUCACACGUGUUAUCAUGUUCACACCAAAAUUGUGCCUGCACCUGAGGAAGAUCAGAUUGGUACUGAUGAUACUGCUGAGUCUGCUGAAAAGAAGUCUAAAAAACGUCCGACGGGUAAUAAGGAAGCGGUUAGGAAGUACCGUGAGAAGAAGAAAGCUAGGGCUGCAUCGUUGGAAGAAGAGGUUAUGAAAUUGAGGGCUUUGAAUCAGCAUUUGAUGAGGAAGUUGCAGGGUCAGGCUGCUUUGGAGGCUGAAGUUGCUAGGUUGAAGUGUUUGUUGGUUGAUAUUAGGGGAAGGAUUGAAGGAGAAAUCGGAUCGUUUCCAUAUCAGAAACCUACUAAUGCUAAUCCCGCGAUUCCGAACUUGCCUGGUUCUUAUGUGAUGAACCCUUGUAACGUGCAGUGUGAUGAUCGGGUCUAUUGCCUUCGUCCUGGAGCAGAUGGGAAUAUUGCAGAAGGGGUGUCGCCUAAUGGGGAAGGAUUUGACGGUUGUGAGUUUGAGAGUCUUCAGUGUCUUGCGGGCCAAAAUGUGGGGAUUAAGGAUCUUCAUGGUUGUGGAGUUGGACAGACAUUGUCUAAUGUCAACCCCACAGCAUCCAUUAAAAGAAAAGGAAAAUCUCGUGCAGCAAAAGCUGGUUGAAGAAUAAAUAAGCUUGUGGUUUUUCGUUGUUGCCAUGGACAUGGUAAUAUAUCACUUCCAAUAACUUAUUACCAGCUGCAGCAUCAACUAUUUAUCGAGUAACUUUUGAAAAUCGGUCUCUUUUUGACCUCUGCUGCGCUAUCAUGGUUUGGAUGGCUGUUCUACCAUGGAAGAUUAGUAGUUGAUAUGUGUUCCUUAUGCAGAAAUAGUAGUUGACGUGUAGUCAGCAUAGCUUAUUGCUGAGACAAAUUGGUGCUUUCCUAUGCAAUUAAGUUUCCUGGUGUUUUGCUUGUCCAUGAACUAGUUAAACUGGCAUGGUAAAUGUUUUUAUUCUAUUCAAUUUAAAAUGUGCUAAGCAUUUGAGUAGUUUUUUGCUUUGUUUAAUGAGAUGAUGGUUAAGUGGUGAUUCAAGUUUUGCUUGUGCAUGAUUCUAAGUUUGCAAAUUUUGCAUUUAUGGA